AUGGCGCCAAAGCAGCUUACGGACUGUCCGGAAAAUCUCCGGGAGUCCAUCGACUGGUUGAUCCAGGUUAGGCAUGGGAAUGGUGGUCAAGGUCUUAACAACUUGGCUGAUGCUUUGAAAACGUUGAUUACUGAGGCUAUUAACAAUGCUGCUACGAGCCUUAUUGAAAGGAAAAGACAACUUGAGUGCCCUUCAAAAUACUGGGAACGUGACUCCUAUUGUAGCAAGAAGCAGUCUGACAUUGACAAAGAGGAAGAUAAAUCUAAAAAGUCCAAACUUAAAAAAGAAAAGGAUGAUCACUACAACGAGGUUCAUUACCUUACUGAGGAUGCCAGACAAAGCGCCUUGGAUGAUAUUGAUGCCCGCCGCAUCUCUCUUGGUCAGCUUGCUGGACAGCUUUCGGGUUUAAUUGGUGGGAGUGAGGAAGUUAAAAAGGCUAUUGUGAAUGGUUUGCACAGUAAUGUAACUCAGCUUGAAAAGCUUUUGAAAACAUCUUGCGGAGGGGAGGGGUGUUGUAACUAUAAUGAUGUUAAAAAUAACCUUAAUGAUGUCAAUGAGAAGCUUAAAAAUCACCUUAAAGAGGAACAAAAAACCUCUGAAAAUCUUACUGUAAUCCUUUCUAAGUGCAAGUUAAAUGGUCUUGAUGGUCCCUUAAAAGAGCUUAAAGAUGCAAUUACUGAGAAAAUUGAGAAGCUUAAUAAAGAUAUUGAGAGCCUUAAAAAAGCAGAUAAAGAUGCUAAACAACGCAAUGAAACUCCUCAAAAUGCCUCUGAAAUUGUCAAGUUUAAUAAGGAUCUUCAGUCUCAUAAUGCUUCCAAGAGGUCUCUUGAGACACUGAAAGAGCUUUGUGGAUAUGCUGGGAAAAUUCAAAAAAAUCAUGAAAAUCCUAAAAAGCUUUUAGAGAGUCUUUGUACAGGCCUCGAAAAAUUUCUCGGCUACCAGGAUGGUAAUUACACCGGAGAGGGAAUUGUGUACUCGGACCUUGACAGGCUGUGUGACGGGGUGAUGGCGUUCUUGCACGGGGUGCUCAGUGGAGUGAAAGAUGAUAAUGUUGUGCAGCAUUAUGACACUGAUAAUAACAUUGGUGAUGCGAUUAACACUAUUAAGGAAAAAAUGCAUAAAAGUAAUGGAUUGUCUGAGGCCAUUCAUGCUGUUACCGGGGCGCUGCGGGAGUGGGAUGGUGAGGUUGGGAAGCGAACCGAGGAAGUGAAACAGAAAUUUGAUGUUAUUAACAUCAAACAUCUUGAGGAAAAUGCUCAGGGAUUUAAAAAUGCAUUAGCCUUACUUAACGACAUCAAUCAUAAUAAUUCUGAUAAUGUUGCAACCAGGUUGGGGAACUGUAUCAAUGAAGCGAAGAACCUUUCCGCAUCAUUCGAUGCCGCGAAGAAGGCGUACUACAAGCUUGAUCUCGGCCUUCGUAAGAAGCUUCAGGACUCUGUGCGUAGUGCCGAAGUGCAAGUUAAGGCCUUCGUCGCCGCUGCACAAAAUGAUGAAUUGAGGGGGUUGUUGCAGUGCAGUGAAAAUGAACUAAAGAAGUUGGAAUUUGAAGUAAAUCGCUAUGCUGAGGGCUGUGUAAAACAUAUGCAGGGCAGAAUACAUUACGAAUUUCAAGAACAAAUUUACAAGCCAAUAAAAAAUGUCAAUGAGGAAUUAGAGAAGAUAUACAAGCAUCUAAGCGCAUGGAUUGGGUCGUCCAAGGAAGUUGUAGACAAGGCUUCAGGUAAGUGUGAUGAUAUACUUAAGAAGGUGGAUAAAAAUAAAAGUCCUGAGAUUUUUAGGUCCGCCACAACUUUAAAAACUAAAGCGGAGGAUCUCCGGCAGGCGGCGAUUGCUGCCAGAGAUGAAGUUGCCAAAAAUGUGCUGGCAGCACAGGAACAAUUAAGGCUUUUGGAAGAUGCGGUGAAGUUUGACUUGAAUAAUGUGAAAGUGGCGCUUCAAAUGGGAAUUGGGGAUUAUAUGAAGACGCAGUUGCUAGAGGAUAUUAAGACGAAGGUUGGUAAGAUUACCGGUACGGGAGGUAAGAAUGGUUUAACUGAUAUUGUGAAAAAAGUACAAAAGUACGCGGCGAAAUUCGAAGAAGAUGCACCGCAUGGUUUUGAGACAAUAGUUCAGGAUUGGAUUGAUGAGAUUUUAAAUGAGGAGCCAGCUAGUGGGUGGAUUAAGGCGUACGUUAGCAAGAAUAAGAGCAGUUUGGACCCAAAAUAUACGAAGGACGAUGACGAUAAUACAGACUUAAAUGAAAAAAUCGCAACUGUAAUAAAGGGGGAUCUUAGCAAAGAAAUUACCAACGCCGUAAAAUCAUACAAAUAUGUCAACCUCGACGGCAGCAUUAAACAAUGUGUUACCGCUGUUCAGCUCGUCUGCAGGACAUUUGCCAGUGCAAUUGGAGAAAGGAUUAAGACGGAAACCAAAAUAAGGCCACUAGUCACCACGAUAGUUGGAAAUAUUGAAAAAUACCCGGAUGGUAUAUUUGAUAUCACGGGUAAGCCUACUAAUGAUACAAAUCUCACGUAUGCCAUCCGUUACGCCCUAUACGAACUAGUCGGUGUGGCAAGAAAAGCCGGCUGGGAUGUUGGGUCGUUCACUGGCGACAAUGGAUCCGAACUCGACAUCGGCAAAGUAAAUGACGCCCUUGGUGUCGCAACGACUCUUUCUGGCAAUCUUACAACGGCGACCGACCGAGAAACUGCCGGCGCAGCCGAUCCUGCCUAUGAUGUCAAUAAGAGGAUUGGAGAUAAGAUUAGUGAACAAUUGCCGGGUGACAGUGCAAAAGAGAUGGACCUUAAAAAUUUUACAUCCUCCUUCACCAGGGGCCUAGACGGGAGGGAAACCAAGAAAGAAGCCCUUCAGACAGCAAUCGGUUAUAUCCAGAAGCACUUGGUUGAUGUUGCUCUGAAAUCCAUCGGUGAGAAUGCCGGUUCCGAUAGAAUAGAUAACAAUACCUUCACGGAACCCUUUAAAAAAAUUGAACAAGAACUCACAGAUCUUACGAAUUUGGUCAAUAGCAUAGACUCAAGCAUAACGUCGACAGAGAAAAAAGGCGUCAAAAGCCUUCUGAACGAAUUGAAAGAUAUGCUCACACAGGACGAUGCAAAAGGUCACUACAAACUGACACGUGGUCUCACCAAAAUUAAGACAGACAUCUUGGGGGUCCUGGGAACUUCAAUAAACGAUAUAAUUCCGAAUAAUAAGCAUAACCUAAAAGUAAUUCUUCGAGAUGCCACCAAAUUUUACACCACCGUUAUCCAAGUGCAGGCAGAUGCGGCCACAAAAAGUAUCCAAAAAUUCGUCGAAGCUGAGGUCAAAAUUAGAACCGAAAACAUUCAAAAGAAGGCUAAAGAUGAAUACAUAGAGAAAAUAGAUCCAAAGUUCAGAGAUAUGAAAUCCAGGGUAUUUGCCCGUAUUAAUGACAUUAAAGAGAUUAUUGAUGAAGAUUUAAAAUCAGGCAUUAAGGGCCUGAUGAAAAAAUUGCGAGGCAAUUGGAAUCUUCCUGCCGGUGAAAGGAUUCCGGGUUUUCAAAAUUCUGGUGAUUUGCUUGCAGCACUCAACAUUGAUACAAUUCUGAAACCGUCGGAAAAAUUUACCACUCUGUCACAGAUCUUUAAACACUACUUGGAUCUAAUUUUAGGCUACAUUAUUCAGGACGUCGAAAGACUAUUCUCGACCAUACCCCUUCGUUCCGACCAGCCUAGAACGCUGCAUACCUAUCGGUCUGAGGUAGAAAAAAUUAAAAGCGAGGUGGGGUUUUUACUUGAACAUCUCAUAAAUGACGCAAAUAAAAAAUACAAUUUCGACCACACCUUCUGCGAUUCACUUUAUUCACUGAACGAUGCAGUAAGUCGCCUGUCGCCUGCAAAAUUCGGCGCAACAUCCUGCGUCAUCUUAGACGCGCUUAGGAGCGGCGUUGUUGGGUUAACCAAAGAAUUAGAUAAGGCGUAUGUUAAUAAAUACUCUGAAUCCAGUGGAAUUACUUGGAAGGAGAUUCGUGGUCUCGGGGAAAAAACGAAACUAACAGUUGACGGCCGCAACUGCGCCAAGGUCUGCCUGACCAUACUGGAGGGGCUGAGAAAAGAUCUGCUUGAUUUGCCAAAUGUAUCUACUUCCAAUAAAGACAGGCAAAUUCAUUUAGGCAUGGUGGAAAAGCAGGUCACAAAACCAGCCAAAUCAGCAGCGAAGGGAGACGCUGAGAAGAUUAAGAAUCCCCUCGGCGUUUGGUUGACCAACCGUGGUUACCGUGUAGCCAGCGAAGGAAACAAUGAAGAUGGGGAGCUGCGGAAUGAAACAAAGUUCACGGGUGAGAAAAUUAAGAAAGAUUUGCUUGACCAAAAAAUUAGGGGGGCUUCGAGCAUCGACGUUCUAACGACGUGGAGGCCAAAUAAAAAAGACAGCGGCUUUAAUCUCUUCGACAUUGCCGAUUUCCUCCGCGAAUAUUUUCGAAAGUACUAUGACGUAUGCCAGCAUAUUCAUAUCGACAAGCCCACGUCACCUUCUAAUAUCUAUCAAAUGCUUUGCUGGCUGUCCGGCCUUCGGUUUAAUCCGAUGCUUAAGAAACUGGAUGAUCAGUUUAAUGGACUGUUUAAUAAGGAGAAUAAGCAGUUACAUAUAGCCGUUCCAGAUCCAAAGCACUACAUGAGUGAAUUAACUCUUAAACCUGGUACCUUAUCCACCCAACUCGAGCAAGUUUGCUUACUCUCGCAACUUGUAUUAGUCGCCAUACAAGGACAUGGUCACGCCGAAGGGCGUUACGCCUGUGACUUCCGCACAAACUUAGACAAUUUGUUAUAUCCCUCUAGCCCUGGCGCGUGUUUCGACAUGCUUUUAGAUAUAUUGAGUAGGGUAUUUCAUCAGAUGCGUUUCGUAUAUAGCCAGUGUAAAAACGGUCCCGGUAGUAGCGGUUGGGCUGAUUGCUGGUACGGCCAGGGAGUAGGCGGGUCAGGUUGGAAGUGCAACGCCAUCCAGUGUCCUGGCCAACAAGGUGACCAAAAGCAUAACCAAAAGUGCGACCAAAUGUGUACUCAAAAGUGUGGCCAAAAUGUUAUGUGCGGCAUAAAGUCGCCGCUCCAGUCGUUCCUCGAGGACGGCCUGGUGGGCUUCCUGCCUCACCCACUUACCAAUGUUGGCUGUGGAGUAAAGUGUUCCCUUGGCAAUCAUAGAGGCCAACCGUGCAAAACGCCUAUGGGAUUUACCGAUAUUAGCCACAUGGCGUCGCAUACGAAAACAGGUGAUCACCUUAUAAAAGCACUUAACGAUAUCUGUGGUGACGCAGGCAAACCGCUUAGUAAACUUUGCAGCUACUUCACAUGCAUAUUACAGCAGACUCCACAGACAUUGUGCAACAUGUUUGCAUUUUACCACCGAUUCCUUAAGCACUGGGAUGGCAACGGUAAAUAUUCGGUGUAUGAGCGGACUGCAUUUGAUGAAGCCGUCCGAAAUGCCAACUUCGGAAUUGCCGAAACGAAACUGGACAUUACAUCCAUUCAGAAAUACAGUAAUCAUAAUAGCAAUGCGCAUGACAAAGGUGAUCUGUUCAGCCUUCUUAUAUGUGAUAAAAAUGAAAAUCCAACUGCCCCCUGUGGUCCCUAUUUGCAGUCCAUCAACACUGACAUUCGCGGCACAUUCUCCAAGGAGCACGCCGACAAAUAUCUCUCGUGGACCGUGUAUAUAACAGAAACGUUUUACGAUCUUCUUAAGAAAAUGUAUGAUGACUGCUGUAGCAAGUGUAAAAAGCCUGGCAGCAGGUGCUACGAAAAGUGUUGUAGCGACAAGUGCCCGGUGAAAGUUGUUUAUGACUCCAUCGAGUCCAAAAGUGAAAACACCGCGUCCACUAAAUUCACUAGUGAGAAACAUGAUACGUCUUGCCAUUCCAUUGUGAAAUGCCCGAAUAUACAUCCAACCAUGUACAAAUUCGGUUUUACCUUCUGGAGUGCAGAUAAAUUGAGCGGUAGUUACGGACCACAAACAAGACGUACAUGCAAAGAUUUCUGCAAAACAUUAGAAAAGGUCGUAAAAGAAGGCAACGUUCUAUAUGACUUAAGAAAAGUUCAUAUGGACAUUCUUAUCCCUCUGGUCCCUCUCUUUGCUCUACCUGCUGCACAUCACCGUCGUCCGCCUCGACGUCCUGAGGAUACGCUCCCACCUGCGCUCGCCCUCAAGCCACCGCAUCGCCGCGCAGUCGCUCCUCGCCGUUGCAAGGGUUGGGAAAAUUGCCAACGUCAAGUACUUCUCACCAUAAUCUUGCCUCCAUUCACCAUCUACAAGUCACCACCUAGCCCACCCAGCUCACCUAACUUGCAACUCAGUAGUCAAUGUAGCAACCACAUACAUGACUCGCAAGCUAAUACGUGA